AUGCGCUACAGUAUUCUAAUUAGUGUAGAGCUCAGCAAACGUGGCAGCGACAAAGAAGCAGUAGUUGAGAAGAAAGCUCCAAACCCCAAUGGUGAAGAAGACUAUAAUUUGGUUGGAAAAGGAGGCUACGUAGAAGUAUAUAAAGGAGUUUUGAGAAAUGGAGACGAAAUAGCUGUGAAAAGGCCAACAAGCAGCGGACCGAUCACCUUGAGAUUCCAAGCUACAACCAGUUUAUGCUUUCUUUGUUCUUGCCAGAAAUUUUUCUGUGGUGGGCGAUUCAUUUUUGGCCCCGAUGCAGCGCCCGUGCUUCUAUCUAUAUUUCUUAUAGCUGGGCCUGCAAUUGCCUUUUGUGUAAAGGUUUUUUAUGAAAUAGAUCACAUGAGGUACUGCUAUAAAAGUAACUGGAAUCUCGUAUUGGUCGUUGGCGCAAUUCUUACUCUUUUGGACUUGACAUUUCUCUUCCUAACAUCUAGUAGAGAUCUAGGUAUUGUUCCUAGAAAUACAAGGCCUCUUGAACCAGAUGAAGCUGAUGUUCCUACACCGUCCAUGGAGUGGGUUAAUGGAAGGACUCCACAUUUGAAACUACCUCGAACAAAAGAUGUUCUUGUGAAUGGUCACACAAUAAAAGUGAAGUACUGCGACACUUGUUUGCUGUAUCGCCCUCCCCGUGCUUCUCAUUGUUCCAUUUGCAACAACUGUGUUAUGAGAUUUGAUCAUCAUUGUCCCUGGGUCGGUCAAUGCAUUGGAAUAGUAAGUUAUUGUACCUGUUUUCUCCUCCUUCCACACACGCACCAAUUUGAAUUUAGGUUAUGUUCUGUUCAAUAUUUGUUCUCCUAAUAUCUAGUCCAAAGAUUAACCUUAAAUAUUAUGAAUUAUCAA